UCCAAUCAAUCGUUGAUAAAUUGGUAUUUUGUAUAUAAACUCGAGUUUUUAAAACCAAAGUCAGUUCCUACCAAAAUGGGAUCCACUACAGGUUUAUUCGUUCUAGCACUAUUGGCGUGCUCCAGCGCCUUCUUCGUCCCAGCUGGUAAACAGCUGGUCUACGAGUAUGAAGCCAUCGUGAAAGCUGGCACUCUGAUCCCAACCAACCAUGCUUCCCAAUUUAUGCUUAGAGGAAAACUUAACCUCAACUGCGCCGACAAGGUCUGCCACGUCUUUUUGGCCGACCUCAAAUACCAACUCUACAAUGGAGUAAUGAACCAUCAUGAUGAGUUAUUGGCUAAAGAGUUGGACGCUCCAAGUGAGGUUGCUGACUUGAUGAAGCCUUUCGCUAUUAAGUACGAUGCUGAUGGUAAGGUUGUUGAAAUUAUGGUCGAGGAGUCCGAACAUUUGUGGGCUGUGAACAUCAAGAAGUCCAUUGCCACCAUUUUGCAAUUGGAAGGUGAUAAGAUCAUGUCCGAAAAGAAACCACAUGGUUUUACAUCAUUCGAACAAUCUAUCUAUGGUGUUAGUAGAGUAUUGUACAACGUGUUGCCUAAAUCCGAUGACGUAAUGGAGGUACAAAAGAUGCUCGUCAUCCCAACCAACCAAAAAAUCAUGAGGCACUCAAUCAAAGAAGUCGACCCCGAAGAGUGUGACGCUCCUCACCAAGCCCCUUACAGCAGAGACAGUCAAAGAAAAUACUUAUUGGUAGCAGAUGAAGGACACAAAAUUGUUAAGCGUGUAGAGGCUAAUGGUGGAAUCUACUAUCACCCAUUCGAGGGUAAAUCCGAAGCCCAAUACUUGUUCGUUAACCAAACCAUGGAGUUCAUCAGCAAAGUCGAUGCUAAACCCAUCGCAACCCCGUCUAAAGUCAUCAAAGAUUUGAGUUAUACUAUUUUCGAUGAAACCGCGGAAUCCGAGGGCGUACCAUCUUUGGCUUUGGGACGUAGAGUAUAUGACUCCAAGAAGUUAAUCGCAAAGGUUAUGCUUGAAUUGGAAGGUGUAAUGAGCUACAUGAAAGCUAAUCACAUCCACAUGAACAUUCCCAACUUUAAGGAAGGUCAAAAAAUCAACAAACUUAAGGAAAUGAUGAUGCACUUGGAUAUUAAAGGCAUGGAAGAGUUAUAUACUUUAGUCUUAACCAAACCCACACACAUUCAAGAAAUCUACCACCAACUUUUGCCUAUUGUUGGAACCAGAGCUUCCCUCCACUGUAUCAUGAAGUGCAUGGAAAACGACAAAAUCGAUGAUAAUACUUUGACCGACAUGUUACAAGAUAUGCCCAAACACAUUGUAGCCCCUAAUCAAGUUGUUUUAACCGAGAUGGAAAAAUUAAUGACUUUAAACAAAGACUGGGAAGUCCAGAAGAGCGCUAUCUUGGCUUUCUCUAACAUUGUUAGCUCGUCUCACAAAUUCCAACAAAAAAUGUACAAAUACCGCCACUUCAACGAGUUCUUUGACGAAAAAGAAUUCGAAACUGAAGUUCCAUCCAGCAAAGAUAUCGAAAAGAAGUUUGAAAAAUACGUUACCAUGUUUGUCGAAAAAGUAAAAUCAGCCAAAACCUACAAAGAACGUCUUGUCUAUUUCAGCGCUCUUUCAAACAUGGGGCUUGAUUCCAUGAUCCCACACUUGAUCCCAAUAAUUAGAGGAGAAGUUUUCCCAGACCAUCACAUCAGACUUUGGGCUAUGUGGACCCUUAGUUCUGUAGCCGAGGGAAACCACGAAGAAACCUAUGACUUAUUAUGGCCAAUCCUAUCAAACACCAAGGAACACACCGAACUAAGAAUCGUCGCUUACUGGAUCAUCAUGGAGACCAUCCCUUACAAAACCACCUUCAUGAACAUGUACUGGACCCUUAAGAACGACCCCUGCAUGGAACUUUACCACUUCCACUACACUUACUUGCAAUCUUUAAGCAACAGGGCUGAUAGAUGUUACGGCGACAUGAAGAUUUGGGCCAGACAAUUGUUGAGGUACAUGAACCCACCAACCCACGGUGUUUCAGAAUACGACCUGAUUGAUUUCGAGGAUAUCAAAUACGGGUUUGGCAUGGGAUUACACGGAGUCUUCAUCCGUUCCAAUGACAGCAUCAUAAUUAACGGAAUUCAGACCUCUCAAAUCUUCAAUCUUUUCCACACUGACUACGUAGUUAACAUCAAGAUCAACGGUAUUAAGAGGAGCUGGGAUUUGUUCACCCUUAACACCAAAUCCAACGACCGUCUCAUGACUUUCAAUGAAAACGUAUUAAACAUAAUAAAUCUGUCUCCGGAGUUGGAAAAAGACAUGCACAUUGAAGUCGUUUUAAUGAAAGACAACCAAAUUGUCGACACUAUGUUUAUCGACUUCGAACAACUUGCCAUGCUUAAGAAGAUGCCCGUAAUGAAAUGGUGGAAGGAGGGAUCUGGUUUCAGCAAGAAACAAAUGUCCAUUUCAUAUGAUAUGUACGCUAAAACUUUGAUUCCCACCGAUAUGGGUAUGCCAGCUCUUCUCAUCGUUUCCGUACCAGAGGUUCACUUAAUUGACAUGAAAUUCAAUAAAGAAACUGUCGACAAAGUAAUGAAAUUGCACAUUGAUGGCAGCGUUAAAACCUGGGCUCACGCCAAACAUGGUCUUACAGUUUACAAUCCCAUUGCCGAUGCUAUGCAAGGAAUCAACAAGUACCACUCGUACGACUCAAUGAUUCCAUUGUUAAUGGAUGUUUCCGUUAAUACCCAACAAGGAACGAUCAAAUUUUCCGUUGGAAAACAUAAUGAUGCCACCAAAGAUUUGAUGGGUUUGAGAAGCCAUGUCGCAUCUAUUGUUUUUAUGAAUGAGCAGGGCAAAGCCACCUCUGAAUUACAAUUGUCUAGUCCUAGUUCCAAGCACCACGUCAUGGUAACCAGGGGAGAGAAGCAUAGACACAAUUACCCUCUAUCAUACCACGAAGACUCAAUCUCCGGAAGAAACUGGGAAAUCCAAGUCUACGACUCCGAGAUAGCCGUUUCCAAUGGAACCUUUAACCACGCCAGACAUAUGUUCUACCAACCUUACACUAAACACUUUAAAACUCCUUUCCAACACAUGUUCUUGUCCGCAUUGAAUAUGGAUGCUUAUAUCGACAUGAUGCCAAUGCCCAAGACUCAUGGUCUUUUCGUAAGAGUAUGGCCCAAAAACGAUGUUUCCAACGUUGACCUAACUAUUCGUUUCGACCGUACAAUUUUGUCCAGGGAGUUCAUCUACGCUCCAGCUAUGAAAGUUAACGCUAAGGUUACUUACGCUGUUAAGAACGCUGAAAAGAGUUUAAAGACUUGGGAUAUGAAUGCUGUUUGGGAGAGAAACGAUGGCCACAGUGUCAACGCAUUGAAAAUGGUUAUUACUAGGAUUAUUCCAGGUCAAAAAGACUACAAAGUAUGCGUUGAUGGUACCAGGAAAUGGAACUUAAAGGGAGUUACUGGCCACCUUAAUAUUGGUAUGGGUCAAUCCGCCGAUGACAAAUGCGUUUUAGAUGAUACUACCAUUGAGAUUACCAUGACUGGAGAAAAAUCAGAAGAACAGUUAGCUCCAUCAGAACAUUCUUACCAUUCAUGCGAAUACCCCAUGCCCUACAGCGUAUCUUCAUACAAAACAAUGAACUGUUUAUAUGCUAUGACUUCCAUCCGUAAAUACGUCUACGAUAUUAAAACCAACAAGGUACCAAAUGAAUUUAAAAAGAAUUUAAUCAAGGUAUUGGAUGUGGUUAAAUCCGAACACAUGCCAUUCUUCCAAUGGGUAGAUGAACACCACGAAAAAAUUGGCGAGCAAAACCUCAAAAUCGAAGUCACCUAUCCAAUGUCGCGUUCCGUGGUAGACAUCGAAGUCUUCACCAACCAACACUUAUUCUCCAUGACUGGAUUGCCAAUAUCUACAUGGGCUUUCUACGGUUUCCACCCAGAUUCCCUUCAGUACCCAAAAAUGAUGCAUGUAUUCCACAACAUGGGCAAGCUUCACUUUUCAAAAAUCGACAUGGAUUCCCAAGUUUGGAACAAGAUCUCCAACAAGAAAGACUGGAGCAUGAUCAUUGGAAAUGAUGCCACCAAACCUACUCAAGCUUUGUUCGUACAGGAAGUCUCUGAAAAUGUUAUGGGAAUUAAAAUCCAAGAUGCCGCCCACACUAUGAUCCUUACUCCAGACCACGUCAAAAUCGACGGACAAGACGGCAAAUGGAUGGAAUCUCUUGACUGGGUAUUCUGGAACAACCUGGAACACGAAGACACCCACAAAGUCGCCUUGAUGCUCCCACAUUCCGGAUUAUUUAUCAUCUACGACGGCCGUUCCAUGAUGGUUUUGCGCCCACCUGUAGACUUUGAAUGGCACGGACUCGCUAUGCACUAAGUUGUUAUAAUUUUGUUUAAUAAAAUAUCUUUAAGUUACAAAUUACUUUUUUUAAAUACCACGAUGUUAAUAUUUAUAUCGUUCAGGUAAAAUAGAAAAUACAAAAU